AUGGACGAUACGGUGUCACAAAUAGAUUUUUUAUCAGCUACCAGCAUAUUUUAUUUUUUAGCCGGAAUCGUUGUGCUUUUAUACAUAGCUGAAAAAAUUCAAUCCCUUUCGAGACAAUUUAAAAUAAGCAAAUCUAUACCUGGACCACCUGGACUUCCUUAUAUCGGUGUUGUUCAUUUUGGUUUGAUACAACCUGAAGGUCUUGUUAAAUUUGCUUUCGAAUUGGGUGAAGCUUAUGGUUCUGUUGUCAAAGGUGUCCUCGGUGGUAAAUUAUAUAUAUUUUUAAGCGAUCCUCGAGAUAUUGAAAUUAUUUUAAGUAGUCACACAUACAUUGAUAAAUCACCAGAAUAUAAAUUUUUUAAACCAUGGCUUGGUGAUGGACUUUUAAUUAGUACAGGUGAUAAAUGGAGAUCACAUAGAAAAUUAAUAGCACCAACAUUUCAUCACAACGUUCUAAAAUCAUUUAUUGGUCUUUUUAAUAAAAACAGUAAAACGAUUAUAAAUAAAAUGGAAAAAGAAAUAGGUAAAACUUUUGAUGUUCACGAUUACAUGAGUACCGUAACGGUUGACAUAUUAAUCGAAACUGCCAUGGGUAUAAACAAAUCACAUCAAGACAAUGCUGGUUAUGAUUAUGCAAUGGCUGUUAUGAAAAUGUGCGAUAUUAUACAUCAAAGAAUGUACAAAAUUUGGUUAAGAUUUGAAUGGUUAUUUCAACACACGUCAAACGGAGUUAAACAAAAAAAAUUUUUAAACACGAUUCAUUCUCUCACAAGUCGUGUGAUUAAGGAGAAAAAAUUAGCAUUCGCUCAAAACAAAUCAAUUUUAUCGUCAGACAUAUUUAAAAUGAAUGAUGAAGAAGAAGCAAUUAAAUCAACCCUUGAAAAAGAAUCAAAAACUCCAUUUUUAAAAGAUGAUUUAGAUGAUGACGGUGAUGUGGGAGAGAAAAAAAGAAAAGCUUUUUUAGAUCUCAUGCUUCAAUUGCAAAGAGAAUCGAAACUUACAGAUGAAGAAAUCAAAGAAGAAGUUGACACGAUUAUGUUCGAGGGUCAUGACACUACAGCAGCAGCAUCAAGUUUUUUUCUGAGUAUUUUAGGACUUUAUCCAGAUAUUCAGGAAAAAGUUUACAAAGAACAAUAUGAAAUAUUUGGGGAUUCGAAUAGGCCCGUUACAUUUACCGAUACUGUAAAUAUGAAAUAUUUAGAAAGAGUCAUUAUGGAAACAUUGAGACUUUAUCCUCCCGUGCCUACGAUAGCAAGACAAGUUUUCGAAGAUAUUAAAUUAGGAAGAAAAUAUGCCAUGUUAAAACUAAAAAUUCUUCUUUCAAAUGUUAUAAGAGCAUACCGUAUAUAUUCUGACAUUCCUGAAAAAGAUUAUUGCCUUACAGCUGACAUUAUAUUAAAAAGAAAAGAAGGAUUUCAAGUGAGAAUUGAAAAAAGGCAACCAUUAGUCAAAUAA